CGCAUAGCCAAAAGAGGCCGUAAAUUGGUGGACUACGACAAGUGCCGACACAGUGUGGAGAGUCUGCGUAACUCUGCAAAGAAGAAGGAUGACUACAAGCUAGGCAAGGCACGAGAAGAAUUGGAGGAAGCUAAGCAGAUGUACGAAGUAAUCAACAAUGAACUCCAUGAGGAAACUGCCGACACUCUAUGAAAGCCGCAUCCCGUUCCUGGUGUCCAACCUGCAGACCUUCUUCACGGCCGAGAGCACCUUCCAUGCCGAGAAUGCCAAGGUGUUCUCUUUCUGGUGGAUACCAUGCAGAAGCUAGCGGCUGACAGCGAGCGCCUGGGCAGCACCAUUGGCUCCUUGCCCAAUUCGGUCUCCAAGGAGGCGGACACGCGGCCCUACGAAGAGAUCGAGUUCAAGAAGGAUCCCCAAUGUGUGGCGUGUGGCACUAGCUCCCGCAUGAAGUGCAUCUGGCUGAACGACGCGGAGUUCUCUUUCCUGCGCUACCAGCCGUGGCAGUGCCUGCGCUGCGCCGUCAACCACUCGUUCGAGACGGCAGGGGGCGGCAGCCAGGCUGCACGGCGCAACCUCUGCAUCUGGUUCACGCGAGUCACCCGGCUCAAGGCCAACUACACCGAGCUCCAGUGCAAGAUGCUCUCCUCCUCUUGUGAAGGUCAGCGGCUGCAUGCCUGCAGUGGUCGAACACAGCCGUCUUUGCAUGCACGUUUCGUAUGCCGGCUGCUAACACUGCUUGUGAAGCACUGAUCACGGCCUGCAUUUUCAUGAGCCAAGGUCAUCGUAAAUGACCAGGU